AUGCGGGAGACUUCGUUGGAUGACCACGUAGACCACGCAGACAACAGCGCCUUGAAUGGCAGCCACUUUGCCCAUGACACGUCGCUCCGAUUGCUGCAGAAAGAUAUCGGCAAUCGUAGCCGCCAGCCGGAUGCUACAGCGACGACGAUGGCCAGCGAGUGUAGCCGAAAUGAAUUGGAAGAUGAAGCAGCGAGAAUCGGCCGACAGACUCACGCUGAUCGGGAGGAUGAAAGCAACACUACGGAUCAAGAAGAAAAGAAGUUAGAGGAUGAGACGAAAGAAGUUGGAGAUAUUUCCUUUCGUGAAGACCACACAACAUCAAAGAAGCGAGUAGACAUGGAUCAUGUGGAUUCCUCGGCGUCGAUCCGAAUCGAUGCUCCCCCGCCGUUGAAACACCCCAAUCAGAAGAACACUCGUCGACAUGGAGGACCCAAAGACUAUCUCCGCCGUAUGAAUCCAGGAGCAGCCGCCAAUACUCAGGCUUGUCCUCCUGUAGCUGGACCUCCCGGAGUGACAGUCCCCGGCGCUAGUUCAAGUGCACCCAAAAAAUCAGGAACCUCCUGGUGGGAGAGAGUCGUGGUCCAGCGAUCGAGCUAUGUGAUUGAGGAUUUGGUAGAACAAUACACAGCUGAUUCUUCCUUCUUGCACAGUGAACCCUUACCUGUGGCUUGGUUAGACCGGAUCGAAAUCGAAACUGGUGAACUACUCGGAGCUGGUACCUAUAGCAAUGUCUACAAAGUGAAAAAUCUUCAUCUCCUCCCUGACUUUCUCGGGGAUCAUUCAGAACAGAAUAAGCUUCGGCGAGAAUUGGAGGCAAACGAAAAAGUUGUUGAUGAGCCUACUAAGGGAGAUGCGGCCUCCUCACCAGCUGCCACAACAAAACCUAGCACUACAAGAUAUGCCAUCAAACACUUGAAAGCUGAGCUCCUUCAAAACUCCAAACUCUUUGAGGCUGCUGCGGCAGAUCUUUUGAUGGAAGGAAAGUUCCUCUCCCGCCUUUCUCACCCAAACAUUCUGCGGCUUCGCGGUAUGGCAUUGGGUGGGACUUCCACAUUUGCUGCUACAGGAUUGUAUGACAGUUACUUUUUGGUGGUUGACCAAUUGAAAGAAACUCUCAUUCAACGCAUUCAUCGAUGGAAGGUUCAAGGGAGCACCGACCAGUAUAGAUCCAGCAUGGUCCUGUACAAGCUCCGAUUGGCCGUCCAGGUCGCCAGCGCAUUGGCUUAUUUGCACGAAAGGCGGCUUGUGUUUCGAGAUCUGAAGCCACACAACAUUGGAAUUCGGGAGGAUGGAACCGUGCAGCUGUUUGAUUUUGGUUUUUGUCGUGAGCUCCCAAAUCCAGAUUCGUCACUGACGCCGGGGCAAGUCCCAUCCAGCGGCAGUGGGGCUCGUCGAAUGAAAUCGGCAAGCCAUGUUUCACUGUCGCCAAGCAAGAGUCCCGGUGCCGAUGAGGACGAAGAAGAAUUACUGUACUGCAUGUCGGGCAAGGGAACCUUGUUGUAUAUGGCGUCGGAGGUCCUUUCCAGCAGGUGCUACAACCAAAAGGCAGAUGUUUAUAGUUGGGCCAUGGUCACCUACGAACUCUUGACAUUGCAGAAACCUUUUGCCGUGGGUUCCAUCGAGCAGCACAAAAAGUCCGUCUGUGAACGAGGACAGCGACCACCUUUGCAUCAUUUGCGUUGGCUUUCGAUGGGCGUCAAAGAGCUGCUCCAACAUGCCUGGCAAGCAGAUGUUCAAGCUCGUUGGCACAUGAGAGAUGUAAAGGACUGCUUGGGAGAGCUCAUACUGGAAUUGGAGAGCAACCGAAUGGACUUUUCCAAAGAAGCAUCCUUCUCUUCGUACACUGCCGCUCCGAAUUCGAAAGGCUACCUCUGCCAAGGCAUCGAGCUUGAUGACAUCAUCCUGGAUUUCACAAACACCGUCCAGACACGUUAUGAUUACAUUGCCAAAUCGAUCUUCUGCCAGCCUGGCAGUCCGGCUCAUAUUAAGGAGUCCAAAACCGCAACAAGCGAAUCAAAUAUUGGAUCACGGGCAUCUGCGGCCUCCAAUUCCAAGUCUGUCGCCUCGAAGACACCCGUCUCGGUCGACAAGAAAAAAGAAGCUGCUGCCACCACAAAGAAGCCGGCAAAGGCGCCGAAAAGACCUCCCAGAGGUCGGCCCCGCUAUGAAGAACAGAAAGACCUAAGGUUCGCUGCAACCGCCGGCAGCAUCUCUACGGCAAUCUUUGGCCAUGCUACUACCCAGCGCCUGCCACAAACUUCUGAACGAUUCCUCAUGGCAAGUCUUUGCAUGAACUCAGUACGCUUGACAGCCGCCAAGAACAGGCGAGUGGCAGCGUCAACAGUGACGGUGCCUCAUUCAACGUACCCUCGAGCAGUUGCCCCAUCUUGGAACGCUGGACCUCAACCACAACUUCAAAGAGCGUCCAUGCAGAAAUUAGAACUGGAAUCGACAAUAGAAGUGACUGGCGAAAGUGCAGAGAGCACCAGCGUUCAGGACAAGUCGGGCGAGCUCGGCGGAAAACUGGAAACCAUCAAGAGCGAUGAUCCCAUCCUGGCCGAACGAGUAAAGAACGACAACCUGCAAACAAUCCAAAGCGAGGAUGGCUACGAAGAUGUGUCGCUGGAGGAACGAGGCAGCAAAUCCCAUGGUGACAGUGCACGAGCACAGGAGACCGAAAGGAAAGGGCCAGACGAAGAACCGUCAAAACAUCAAGGUGCUGGUCAACCGUACGUUGCCUCCACCGCAUCGGUCUAG